AUUCAUGUAGUAUUGUCAAAGCUGUAAUGUAGCAUGGACGCGCUGAGUCACACGUUCCAUUGUAGUGUCAGUUCAGUUUGAAUUGUGUUUGCUUCACGUGACCGCAGAAAUGUACUUCAAAAUUAUCACGUUACAUUUACUAGUUGGAGCGCUUACGAUUACAGCUAUUGAUUUGGAUGUAACCGGGGAAUGGAAGGCAGACCUGGGUUGGGAAGUGAUUUGCACCUGGGAAACCUGGAGAAAUGAUACGCUGCAGUCCGUGAGACUAUAUAACAACGGCCAACAGUUCAUGAUAUACCGGCCCGAGAAACAUGGACAAUCUCGGACGGAGAUAUUUAGAACACCAGAGAACAUUAUGAACGUAGACUGCGCUAUUACUACAGAUAAAGGUCAAAAAGGGAGGUGCAUAUUGAUUUUGGAACCGUAUCAACCUCCAUUGUACGACUUUACAUACACGUGUGAAGUGUCUGGGGAGCGACCCAUGUUUAGAAUGGGAAAAAAGGACUUCCACGUGAGAGUAUUAGUGCCACCAUCAAAGGCUGAGUUAACGGUCAUCACCUCAAACGAUCCGUCAUCACCGCGAGUUACUCUGAACUGCUCCUCGUCAGGGUUACCAGCGCCAUCACUACAGUGGACAGUUGGUGACAAUAAGGUUCAAGCUGAUUUCGCACGAAGAGAAUGGAAUGGUACAUCAAAGCUCUGGCAAUCGUGGUCAUCGUUCACUUAUACACGGAGUGAUCCAACUCAGAUUGUUGCCUGCACUCCCGAGGCUAGCUCCAACAGCGAAAUCAUCAGAGGCAAAAAGGCAGUAUAUAGCUCUGCUAUUUCAAAUCAAUGUUUUGCACAUCUGACAUACAUCAUGAUAGCGAUACUGAGCUACUCGAGAUGAACCAGCGGGAUACUUAAUGAAAUACAUUCUCGAAUAAAUUGUUUUUAUUUCAUAGUACAUCGUUGUGAACGAUUAGACUUAGUACACCAGCCUUACCAUACAAUAUUAUGUAGAAAUUGAAAUUCGUUUACUAUGUAACAAUGUUAACUAUUGAUAUAAGUACAGUUCUUUGCUCCUUUCGUUCUCACUGUAAUAUUAAUGUUCGUAUUUAAACGAAAUGAUGGUGAAAACAGUUUGGAAGAUUAAAGGUAUCUAUGAAAAAAAAUAUAAAAUCCACCACAUUCUCAUAAGUUAAUUGAAAAUUAUCUAAAUUAAGCUUAGAUUUUUAUACUUUCGAUCGUCUCAAAUGUUAGAUAUAAUGUUAUCCUCCGGAAAUAUAGUAUUGUUCGCCAAGGAAAAAACUUGUUGAAAUUUAUAGACAAGAGGCGAGUAUUUCUAUUGAAUAUUUUGACGUAAAUCAAUUUUUGCCCAUUUCUUUUAAAAUACAAACUGCGGGAAAGACACUCUCGUAGGAAUCACUAGAAUGUUCCCCUUGGUGCACUGUACUAUUAAUUUGAUAAUUUCUUUUAUUAUAUAAAUUGGAAACUGAUCUAUAGAAUGUUGAGGAGUAGGGGAACCCGUUGAACCUUGGCACUAUGUGUACCGAGGCCAUUAGGCUGGUUUAAAAAAUUCCCGCGAUGUUAAAUUCUAUUGUCUCGUGUAUUCUGUAAAUUAUUUCACAUUCACGUAAUAUAGUAUUCCUAAUAAAAUAUAAAAUCUUUGUCUCAUUAGAAAAAAGAAACUAUGAAUAUCAUUUUGAUUUUGUUCAGAUUUUGAGUUAUUUUUUUGUUAAUAAUGUUAUUUAAACGAAUAAAACGGUUUAAGUUAAGAAUAGUUAUAUUUUUCAUAAAUUAACCCUUAAUUCCUCAAUGUGUCCUAGGUACCCCAUAGUAUUGGCCUAGGUACAUAGGGUAUGUUGUACCUUGGCCAUAAAUCCCUUUUUACGUUUUAAUUAAUAAAACACAUGUAAGUAUGAAAUAUACAUUAUUAAAUUAUUGAACUUUUAAAAUAAGCAAAAGUGGUUUGAGUACAGUUCGUCAAAUAAAAUAAAAAAUAGAUAUCUAAAACACUGUCCUAGGUACAACAGGUUCCCCAUUGAUUACACACAUGGUAUGAUAUUGGUAUUAUUAUUACAGUAAGUGCGAAAGACCCUUAAUUAAGUACUAUUUGGCAUAGUUUAUUGUUAGACAAUAUUGACAUACAUUUAAAUAUUUUACAACAGAGCUCCUUGUACUAUGUGUACGGAAUGUAAAUAAUAAAUAUUAAGUUAGUGAAAA